GCCUUUCAAAUUGGGUUCUUCUGUUCCUCGCCAUCACCAACCAAGUACCUCCGCCCCUGACUCUGUUCUUGCUAACAAUGUCGGAGGCCUGACGAGUGGACCUCCAUUUCUUGCUCAGUCCCAGAAAUUUCCCGGAAUAUUCUGAAAUCCCCACGUCGAGUUCUUCUGAGUUUCCCGAUCCCACUCUGUUCUUCCUCCUCCUCCAUGAUCUGCCACAAGUGAAAGCCCAGUGGCGUUUUCUGAAUGUCAGACUCGUGAAACUCAACAUUUCGAGGAAGUUUCCUUCUGAAUCUCGAAGUCUUCUCAUACAGAGGAAGUCUUAAGAGACGGGCCAAUCUCUCGACCUCACUGCGCGAGACCAUGAAUUCUGGGUCGCACGACGUGCUCAAUGCGGUGCUGCCAUUGUUGAAGCUCCUCACCAUAGCCCUGAUCGGUCUCCUCCUCGCUCACCCGAGAUUCAAAAUCGCCCCGAAGUCCACCUUCAGGCUGCUCAGCAAGCUCGUGUUCGCUCUGUUCUUGCCCUGCUUGAUCUUCACCCACCUCGGCCCCUGCACUUCGUACAAGAGCAUCGUCCGGUGGUGGUUCAUUCCCGUGAACAUCGUGGUGAGCACCGCCAUCGGGUGCGUCCUGGGGUUCGUGGUCGCGCUGAUAUGCCGGCCGCCACCCGAGUUCUUCCGAUUCACUGUGAUCAUGACAGCGUUCGGGAACACGGGCAACCUUCCUCUCGCGGUCGUUUCGUCAGUCUGCCACAAUGUGGAGAACCCGUUCGGUCCGGAAUGCUACGGCCCCGCUGUGGCCUACGUCUCUUUCUCGCAGUGGGUGUCGGUCUUGUUGGUCUAUACCCUCGUGUACCACAUGAUGGAGCCACCGCUGGAGUUCUACGAGGUCGUCGGCCAUGAUGAAGUCGAGAUCCAGGAAAUAACUGAAGAAGAUUUGGAUAGACCGUUAAUCAAUGGGGACGCGCUCACGAGUGAACUAAGCAGGCCUCUCCUAGUCGAAGCCGAAUGGCCUGGAAUUGAAGAUAAAGAGACCGAGCAUUGCAAGACACCCUUCAUUGCAAGGCUCUUCAAUAGCAUAUCGGGCUUUUCGCACACCACACUUCCGGAAUCCGAUAUGUCAGAGGUCGGUGGCGAAAGCAGCCCAAAGUCGGUGAGGUGCUUAGCUGAGCCGAAGGUGAUUAGGAAGAUCAGAAUCGUCGCCGAGAAGACCCCGAUUCACCACAUCCUUCAACCCGCAAUCAUAGCAUCUAUAUUAGCUAUAUUUGUAGGGAUGAUUCCUAUGCUCAAGGACUUAUGCUUCGGAGACAACCCAGUGCUUGGCUUCCUCACAGACAGUUUGGACAUCAUGGCAGGCGCGAUGGUGCCCUCGGCGAUGCUUGUCCUCGGGGGAAUGCUCGCCGAGGGCCCCAAUGAGUCAAGGCUUGGCCUCCGCACCACGAUUGGGAUCAUGGUGGCCCGGCUGUUGGUGCUUCCCCUGCUGGGCAUUGGUGUAGUACUCUUGGCCGAUAGAUGGGGCUUGUUGAUGGCUGGGGAGGAGCUGUACAAGUUCGUGCUCCUGCUGCAGUACACGACGCCGAGCGCCAUCUUGCUCGGGGCGAUUGCGAGCCUGAGGGGCUAUGCCGUGAGCGAGGCCUCGGCACUUCUCUUCUGGCAGCAUGUGUUUGCUUUGAUCUCUCUGUCCGUGUACCUGACUGUCUACUUCAAGUGGCUUCUGUCUUCCAGUUGAGAUGUUGGCCCCGAGCUCAGUUGGUUUUUGUUCAUCUCGGCUUCUUGAUAUUGCCCGAUUCAGUUGAUGUAAUUCCACAGGCAUGUGGUGCCAAUAUUCUUUGUUUGGGUUUGGAAGAUUGCAACUCUUUACUUUCUAUAAAUCUUUCAAUUCUCAAUCCAAAAGAUGCAUUUUAGUAGCUAGAGAUGUAAUCGAGUCGAGUGGAACAAAUAUGAUGCCAUGCUCGAAUUCCUCAAUUAGUAUAUUCAGCGCUUGAAACACGACUCAAAAGUCAAUCUAGUGA